AUGGAGUGGUCAGAUGACAGGUUGACCAGGGAAGAGGUUGAGAGAGCGGUGACGGAGGUAACAGAUAUACUCCUUAAAGUGUUGAGGGAGCAGCAGAUCAGAGACCAGCGAUCGGAGCCAGAGCCUCAGGUGAGUACAGAGGAGGCCAGCGCAGUGGAAAACCAAGGAGGUUUCUGGUCAUCCUUCAAGUCCGACGCAAAGAAAGCUCUUGUGGAAGUCCCUGUUGUAGCGCUUGGAUAUGGCUUGUACUGUCUGGCACGUCAACCUCGCAGGGCUUUAAUCGCCGAAGAAGAUGAAAGCAUUCAGGUGUUGCAGGAUCAGCAGCAGAUCAGAGACCAGCAGCAGAUCAGAGACCAGCGAUCGGAGCCAGAGCCUCAGGUGAGUACAGAGGAGGCCAGCGCAGUGGAAAACCAAGGAGGUUUCUGGUCAUCCUUCAAGUCCGGCGCAAAGAAAGCUCUUUGGGCAGUCCCUGUUGUAGCGAUUGGAUAUGGCUUGUACUGUCUGGCACGUUAA